UCAUUCUUAUAGUUGCGAUUGAAGAAGCAACACUUGUUUCCUUCAUUUACAUAGUUAUUCUUAUAAUUAUAGUUGAAGGAGUCAUGACCGCUAUUACUGAUCUGAUAGUUACUCCUGCAGCUGAUCUCAUUUCAGAUGCUGAAGAUCAAAUUCUCAAAAGUAUGAUAUCUGAAUAUCAAGUUCCUCAAGGCAUAAUAGAAGAAGAUCAAAUUUUCAAAGAUGUGACAUCAGAAGAUCAACAAACUAGAAGAAGACUUUUAGAAAGGUUUGAGG